UUGAGCCUCUGUCUCUCUCAAGCCCACAAACAAAAUUACAUUCUCACAACUCAAAUCUCUUUCUCUUUCGGCUCAAAUUUGCAAGAAAAAAAAAGACCAUGGUAAGGUUCGUUGAAGAAAACACAAAACAUAUGGAAAAAGAAACAGGAAACAUAUCAAACACGGAUGUAACAACGGUGAAGAAGAAAGCUCUUCAAGAUCUUAAUAUCAACAAUGGAGUCAAUUCAUGGGUUGAUUCUAUGAGAGCUUGUUCUCCUACUCAUCUCAAAUCUUUGAUGAAACGAAGCUCUUGGCUCACAGAGCAUCCAUCAGCUUUAGAUAUGUUCGGAGAGAUUCUUCAUGUUUCUGAAGGAAAACAAAUCGUUAUGUUCUUGGAUUACGAUGGCACUUUAUCCCCCAUUGUUGAUGAUCCAGAUCGAGCUUUCAUGUCUAAGAAGAUGAGAAGUACACUAAGGAAACUAGCAAUUUGUUUUCCGACUGCCAUAGUUAGUGGGAGGUGCAGAGAAAAGGUUUAUAAUUUCGUGAAAUUGACUGAGUUGUACUAUGCUGGAAGUCAUGGCAUGGACAUCAAGGGACCAGCGCAAGGGUCCAAGUAUAAGGAGGAUAAAUCUCUUCUUUGCCAACCAGCUACAGAGUUCCUCCCCAUGAUCGACGAGGUUUAUCAAAAAUUAGUGGAGAAAACAAAAGUAACUCCUGGAGCCAACGUUGAGAACAAUAAGUUUUGCGCCUCUGUUCACUUCCGACGCGUAGAUGAGAAAAACUGGAGUGAUCUGGCUAAUCAAGUUCGAUCAGUAAUUAAGGAAUACCCUCAACUCCGUAUUACUCAAGGAAGAAAAGUUUUGGAGAUUCGUCCUAUCAUUAAGUGGGAUAAAGGCAAAGCACUAGAGUUUUUGUUAGAGUCACUUGGAUAUGCUAAUUGUACUGACGUUUUCCCCAUUUACAUCGGCGAUGAUCGCACAGACGAAGAUGCGUUUAAGGUAUUAAGAGACAAAAGACAAGGUCUUGGCAUUCUUGUAUCCAAAUUUCAGAAGGAGACUAACGCGUCGUAUUCUCUGCAAGAGCCUCAUGAGGUUAUGGGUUUCUUGCAACGUUUAGUGGAAUGGAAACAACUGAUAUCUGGCGCAUGAUGGGAGCUAUAAGUACAUUAUAAGGAUCUUUUUUUAAUAACUUGUUAAUCUAGUUUUUUCCUUAUCUCAUUGUUCUCACCGCAUCUUUGACAAACAAAGAAAAAAGUGUAUUCAACGCGUAUGUAAAAAAUCUUAAUAGUAAUUGUUGCCAAUUCUCAAAAGAACAUAGUUUAUAUAGUUGCGAUUAGUUUUGUAAUUUAAUUUGCACAGGUAUAUAAAUACUUGACAUA